AUGGAUCGGUACCAGCGGGUCGAGAAGCCGCGGCCCGAGGCCGCCGCCAUCAGCGAGAACGAGAUCCGUAUCACCACACAGGGCCUCAUCCGCAACUACGUCACCUACGCAACCUCCCUCCUCCAGGAAAAACGUGUGAAAGAAAUUGUGCUGAAGGCUAUGGGACAAGCUAUCAGCAAGACAGUGGCUAUUACUGAGAUCAUAAAGAAAAGGAUCCCUGGGUUGCAUCAAGAUACCACAAUCAGUUCAAUCAGUAUUACUGAUGUAUGGGAACCCAUUGAGGAAGGCCUUGUACCAUUGGAGAUGACUCGUCAUGUUUCAAUGAUAUCAAUCUCCUUGUCACCUAAGGAGCUCGACACGAACUCACCCGGGUAUCAAGCUCCAUCGCAUGCAGAGCCGCAUAAACCAAGGUACCAGCAGGUUCAGCAAUAUCAACAACAACAGCACCAGCCAAGACAGAAUCAAGUUCAAACAGAUUCAUAUGGACGUGGACGUGGAAGAGGCAGAGGGAGAGGAAGGGGCUGGGGUGGUAGGGGAGCGUAUGGUGGAGGUUAUGGUGGGUAUGAUAACAACCAAGGAGGUUAUGGUGGAUAUGGCAACCAGGGAGGUUACGGUCACAACCAAGGUGGGUAUGGCAACCAGGGAGGUUACGGCCACAACCAAGGUGGGUAUGGCAACCAGGGAGGUUAUGGCCACAACCAAGGUGGCUAUGGAGGCGGGUAUGGUUACGACCAAGGUGGAUAUGGAGGAUAUGACAACGGUGGCUGGAACUACAACCAGAACAGAGGCCGUGGUGGCGGUGGCGGGGGCGGGCGAGGAAGAGGCAACUGGGGCUACGGCGGCCCAGGAUACGAGCGUGGUGGCCGAGCUGGAGGGGGACCAGGUGGCCCAGGUGGCAGGGGAUAUGUGAGGGGCCGUGGACGAAUGGGUCCUGGCCGUGGGCGGGGUGACCCGAACUAUUAGAUCACCGCCCUCUGUAUUGUUAUUACCAAAAAAAGAGAAGGAACGUGUUCUGUGGAUUGGAACCGAACCUUAGCACUUUCUGCUUGUGAACCAUCAACUAGCAUUCCCAGUUUUUAGCUAUAAUCGCCAAUGGUAUCUGUACCAUUGCUUCAAUUCUGUGGGAUUUUGACGAGCAUGUUAUGUUGUUACCUCUGGGACACCUUUGCUGUAUUUAAGAGUGCAUUUUUGAAUAGUUCC